AUGUCUUUCAUCUUUGGACGACGACAUUCCAUCGCCUCCACCGCGCCGAACGAGGGAGAUGCAGUCCCGCGGGGCAACGGUGGGCGAAGAUCAUCGGCUCCGGAUAUCUCGGAUCAUAGCCACGGUCUCCGUGCCAAAGGCGUGCUCCAUGAGAUCUUCCACAAACACCACGGCUCUUCCCAUUCUGAUUCUCCCUCUCACACCCGCCAUGACAGUGGGGUACACGAGUCUUCGGCCGAAAACCCCCCAAGCCCAGAUCACAAGCCUGGCCAUUCGCCGAAACCAGGCCACCAUGCGCCACCGCCGCAUAAACACCAUCUGACGAUGAAGGAUGUGGAGGUCAUCUUCUCAGGGGCCCCGUAUUUCAUGCUGGAGAAAGGAAAGCAUGACCGCUGGUUCCCGCAGGUCAUAUUUCCAUUCGACGAUCACGACCCGGUCAUUCAAUGCUUCUGGGAUAGGAGGCCUCUCCCCCAUGCCUCAUACACCCUAUGCACUUUGCAUGCGCACCUUCCGGUGCCGGAUGACUGGGUCAUUGAGGGCGAUGUCCCGGCCCAUCUGGGUAACUGGAAACGAAGCGAUGCGCCCAAGCGAGCCACAUUCGACGUGGGAGUACAGGAAAUCCCCAAUAUGCUGGCGAUGCAUGGGCGGGAUCCUGGGACGGUCGGGUUCCGCUAUUUCCUGGAGCUUCCCGUGGCCGACGCGGCCCGCUAUCCGGGCCCGGGGGUACCAAGGCCUUCGCCAGACUACUUACAUUUAUCGAGCCUGCCAGCAACCGAGUCGUUCGAGUUGUUGGAGCGUUACGGCCAGCCAUACGCCCUUUGUUCGGAUGGUACUGUCCACGAUCGCAAGAAACUAUUGCGCGAGGGGCCGAACUUUUGGAAGAAAAUCGGUGUCCGUGACAUUGAUCUACAGGUCUUAGUGCAGCGAUUGCAGACACUGAAGCAUCUGCGCUACGAGAUUCUCCAUGGGGAUCGACCGAAGACGAUACUUGACAUCGAAGGGACACGUGAGCUCUAUAAUGAACUGUUCACCAAAUUCCUCUACCCGCCAGUGCGUUUUCUGAUUGCCGACAUGGGCGAUCCGCACAGCCUAAAGGUCCAGAUCAAGGCUUUGACUGUCGUGCUGGCCACCCCUGGGGCAUGGCUGGACUUCAGUCUCAUCGACUGGCGACUGCACAUUGGCCAGCUGCUCUGGGAGCAAUCACCGCACAUGGACGGCGACUUCAUCGACAUUUCGGUGUCGGAUAAGCCAUGGGUGCAUACGACUCUCGAGCGCAAGUGGUUUCUGGUCCAGAUGCUGCUUGCUGCCGAGCUUCUGCUGCGUUUGGACGCGACUGUCCGCGUCGGGAUGCUCCAAGAAUCGCAGGACAUUAACAUCUCGCUACGCGAUAUCUAUGAGUUCGACCGGUUGCGAAACGGUAAGCUGAACUGGGAUCUGGUCGUCGUACGGCGAUUCAUGGACAGCUUCGAUCUUGAUUAUCAGCUCGAGCCUGGCAGCCCCGGUCCAGAAAGCCACGAGGAAGUCGGUCAUUCACACGAAAAACAUCAUCAUCGGUCUUUCUUCUCGAGCAUCACUCACCAUUCGUCUUCGGCCACCCCUCACAAUGAGUCAGCGUGGAGAUGUCAUCUGCUGCCCAAUCAUGUGAUGCAGCAACUCAAAGGGCUUUUUGUCUUCGCCGACAACCUAGGCUGGCCGCGCUUGGAUGAUUUCAAGGAAACCCUUAGGUCAAAGAUUGGUGGAGACCAAAAUGGCCAAAUCAUCAAGGACGUCUUUACCAACCCAGAGCUCAAUACUCUCCCAGCAGGGUACCAGAUACCCGACUUGCGGAAAGCCAUGUAUAGCAGAAACUUUUCUCGGCGUCUCUUGCUUCUACACCAUAAGGGUGAUGACAGCAAUCGUAAUCAUCUUGGCGGUUGGGCCACCAGAAGCUGGCUGUCGGGUUUUGUGAUCCCCGGCUCCUCCAUCAGCCACUUACUCAUCAGUACCAUCUUGGAAAAUGAUCCCGACGCCAUGGCCAAAUUGGGGCCGGUUGUCAAUCUUUACGGUGGCUUUGCUUACGACGGACGGAGCUGGUGGAGCAAAGAAUGCAUCGUUGGCAGAGUGGUGGCUUGUUUGGAAGGGACCAAAGCAUGCUUGGCAUGGCAAGCCAGCCCGAUUCUGCCCACAGACUCGUCGACCUCUCAACCUCUGGUCAAUACUUGGUUCGAGGUUGAAGCCAAAGACCCGCAGAACAGACCUGGAAAACCGAGGAUCAAGCAGGGAUCCAAGCUGGCCCUGGAAUCCACACCCCUGGGCCCCGGGGACUUGAGCAGCGGCGCCUUCAGCUUGCCCCUCGACGACCAAAGCGACUGCUCUAUGAAACUGAGAGUCGCCUUCCAAGAGCUGUCAUUCCAGGUCAAGGCCCAGCAACCCCCGGCCGCUGAGCAUCCGAUCACAGUGGUCGAGCAGGCAACUGCGCGCUUUUCACUUUCCUCUGACACAGCGGCCCCCGCCACACAACUCUCGUUCCCAUUGAAGUACAACGUACAGUUCAUCUCCUCCCAUGAAUGCCGCCCGCCUGGCGGCAUGAUCACCAAUCCCCACGCUCCGAACGUCGCGAGCAGUAGUAGCGACAGCAGUAGCAAUCAACCCAAUCAGCGAUCAUCGUCCCCGUUCAGCGCCUCGCCUGACCGCCACCGUCACCACCGUCUCCCGGGCCACCCGCUGCAUUGCCGCUACGCGUACCGCUGGGUCCACCUUCCCUCCCUGGCGGAGGAACUCGCGGCGUCGGACCGCAUUCGAUCGGCCUUCGACCCGGAGGAGACCAUGAUCCUGGACGCGCGCGGCUCCCGGGAGAAGGAGGCUUUUGCCCGCGCGUGGUGCGCCUCGGUGGGGUAUCAUGCUAUCGUGGGUCGCGCGGGGCGGACGUGUCUCUCGUGCUGUAUCCGGGAGGCGCGCGCGCUACAGGUCAAGGUCGUCAUCCGCACGGGUGAUGGUCCUGUCACCCCGACUUCAUCUGUGCAUGUACUGUAUGGGGGUGAGUAG